AUGGACAUGGCUUCUUUGAUGAACCCAGAUGCCAGCGCCAGUCGACGAGGUCAAGAGAGCGACGAGUUGGAAAUAGACCAUGGGUACGACACCGAGGACUCAGGCUUCGAGCAGGACUCAGUCUUGACCCAGUCAGUUCGGUCGAGUAUAUAUCAAUACAAGGUCGAGAACGGCCGGACCUACCAUGCAUAUAAAGAAGGCCAAUAUUUCAUGCCCAACGACGCUGCCGAGCACGAGCGCAUGGAAUUGCAACACCGGGCAAUGUUUCUUGCUGCUGGCUCCCAGCUCUUCUAUGCGCCUGUCAAGAACCUCCACCAUGUCUUGGAUCUGGGCACCGGCGUCGGAACGUGGGCCAUUGACGUCGCCGAUGCGCACCCAGAGACUCCCGUGACAGGUGUAGACCUGAGCCCUAUCCAACCCACGGUCGCUCCACCCAAUAUCAAGUGGGAGAUCGAUGAUGUCGGGGACAGGUGGACAUGGCCUCUCAACCAUUUUGAUCUCAUAUACAGCCAAUUCAUGCUCAGUGGAAGUAUCGCGGAUUUCCCAAAGUACUUCCGGCAGGCUUUCAGGUAA